AUGGCGACUUCCGAUUACAGCGAGUCCGGCGCAUCAGACCAGGAGAUACUUGAGGCGCAAUCUGGAGCCAGAAAGAGAAGGAGACUGUCACCGACCGAGCCCGAGAGUUCAGCUUCCGAGGCUGAAGCUGAGAAGCCGCUGCCAGUAGCAGCACCAGCACCAGCACCAACGAUUUCGCGCAUCAAAGCGAAACAGCAAGACAAGUCGACGAAUACCGCCAGCUCCACACCAAAAGUGAACCCGAAGCUGGAUUUUGCGACGCUCAAUGUGGCACCAUGGCUUUGCACCUCUUUGGCCAGCAUGGGGAUCAAGCGCCCAACGGGCAUUCAGGCCUCAUGUAUCCCUGAGAUCCUCAAGGGAAAGGACUGUAUUGGUGGAUCGAGGACCGGUACAGGUAAAACUGUAGCGUUUUCUGUGCCAAUAAUGCAGAAAUGGGCGGAGGACCCCAGCGGCAUCUUCGCCGUUAUCGUCACGCCGACACGCGAGCUCGCAAUCCAGAUCUACGAACAAGUAAAAGCGAUCUCAGCGCCGCAAUCUAUGAAACCCAUUCUCAUCACCGGAGGAUCAGACCAGCGUUCCCAAGCCAUCGCUCUUGCUUCGCGUCCCCACGUCGUAAUCGCGACACCAGGCCGUCUAGCAGAGCACAUCCGCACCUCAGGCGAAGACACCAUCUGCGGCCUCCGCCGCGUCCGCUUCGUCGUCUUCGACGAAGCUGACCGUCUUCUCGCCCCAGGAAAAGGCUCCAUGCUCCCCGAUCUCGAGACCUGCCUCUCCGCUCUACCCCCCAAAGAAACGAGGCAAACUCUUUUAUUCACGGCGACCGUAACGCCAGAGGUUCUAGCGCUGAAAUCGCAACCGCGCGCACCUGGUCGUCUCCCCAUCUUCGUAUCGGAAGUCGAUACAGAGGAUCUAGCAAUUCCGCCCAAGCUACAGCAGAAGUACCUCCAAACGCCCGUCACGCAUAAAGAAUGCUACCUGCACGUCCUGUUGAACACGCCCGAGAACCUCAAAAAGAGCGUCAUCAUCUUCUGCAACCGAACCAAAACAGCCACGCUACUAGAAUACAUGCUGCGUCUCCUCGCCCACCGCGUAACAGCCCUGCACUCGGGCCUCAAGCAAAACGACCGCGUGAGCAACCUCGCUCGCUUCCGCGCGCAAGCCGCUAGAAUCCUAGUCGCUACCGACGUCGCAGCCCGCGGUCUGGAUAUCCCAGAGGUAGCUCUCGUUAUCAAUUUCGACGUUCCCCGUGACCCGGACGAUUACAUCCAUCGUGUUGGUCGUACGGCGCGUGCGGGCCGUGUGGGAACGAGUAUCACGUUGAUUGGGCAGAGGGAUGUGGAGUUGAUUCUGGCGAUCGAGGCGAGGGUGGGCAAGAAGAUGGAGGAGUUUGAGGAGGAGGGGGUUAGUGUUGAAGGGAGGGUGGUGAGGGAUGCGCUUAAGCCUGUGACGGAGAAGAAGAGGGAGGCGCUGUUGAGUAUUGAGGAGGGGAGGGAUGUAUUGGGUAAGCGCAAGGUGGGUAUGCAGAGGAAGCGGGCGGAAUAG